CACUAUCGUCAAGUAUUCUGCCCGGACUCCCGGACGUCAAGUCCGAUCAAACCGUCGUCGAUGCGAUACCGUCCACCUGGAUUCGCGGGGAACGCAUGCCCUACAGUGUCCUCUGUCAAGCCUUUACCGACAUUGAAGCCGUCACCAGUCGACUCCUCAUCCAACAAAUCUUCACCACACUCUUGCGUCAAAUCGCCGUACAGAAUCCCGUCGAUCUCUAUCCCGUUCUCUACUUGGCCUCCAACGACGUCGCACCCGCCUACGAAUGCGUCGAACUCGGCGUGGGCGAUUCCAUUCUCGUACGCGCCAUCGGUGAAGCCACCGGAACCAACCCCGCUAUGGUCAAGAAACGCUACGAAGAGAUUGGGGACCUCGGGGACGUGGCCAAGUCCUUCAAAAGCAAGCAGCGGACCCUCGGGGGAUUCUUUCAAAAAUCCGUCGCUCCCAAAAAGCCCCUCACCGCGGCACAAGUACUCCACGUCUUUCGGGAAAUCGCACAAACCAAGGGCAACCAGUCGCAAAAAUGGAAGGUCGAAAACAUCAAGAAACUCAUCGUACAAGCCACGGAAGCCACCGAAACCAAAUACAUUGUCCGGGGCUUGCAAGGCAAACUUCGCAUCGGAUUGGCGCAGUCCACCGUACUCAUUGGACUCGCCCACGCACUCGCCCUGACCCCGCCCAUCACGCUAUGCCCCCACCAACCCACUCUUGCGGAACUCGAAGACUAUCCUGCCGAAGCCCGACAGUACCUGGACGAUACGCUUCCUUCGGAAAAGCGCAUGGAAGCCGCCGUAGCGAUUGUCAAAAAGGCCUACUCCGAAGUCCCUUCCUACGACGCCAUUGUUAACGGGGCAGCCAAGGUUCCCUUACACCAGCUGCACCGUGCUUGCACUCUGACACCCGGGAUUCCUGUCGCCCCGAUGCUGGCCAAACCCACCAAGUCCAUACAGGAAGUCUUGAAGCGUUUGAGCGGACUCCGGUUUACCUGCGAAUACAAGUACGAUGGGGAAAGGGCUCAGGUGCACCUGCUCCCGGACGGUACCACCCGUGUGUUUUCGCGGAACUUGCUGGACACGUCGGAAAAGUAUCCCGAAGUGCCGCUGUUCGUCAAGGAGGCUUGCCGGAACGUGGAAUCGUUCGUAUUGGAUGCCGAAGUGGUUGCCUACAACAAUAAAACCGGACAGCUCGUGCCCUUUCAAAUUCUGUCGACCCGCAAAAAGACGGAAGAGUCAGCCGAGACGGCCAAGGUACAAGUUAUCGUGCAGGCCUUUGAUCUCAUGUACCUCAACGGCAAGUCUCUGCUCAAUCAGACCCUCGCCGCGCGUCGAUCCCUACUCAUGGAGCACUUUGAAGCCGUGCCGGGAAAAUUCCAGUUCGCCAAGUCGCUGGACCACAAAGAAGAUGGGGAUACAACUGUACUGGAAGAAUUUUUGGACAGUGCCGUCAAGGGACAGUGCGAAGGUCUCAUGGUCAAAACUUUGGAAGUAAACGCCAUUUACGAACCGUCCCGAAGAUCGCUCAAUUGGCUUAAACUCAAGAAAGAUUACCUCGAUGGGCUGGGGGACUCGGUCGACCUGGUCCCGCUAGGUGCCUACCACGGCAGGGGCAAGCGUACCGGCUUUUAUGGUGCCUACCUGCUCGCCUGCUACGAUUCGGAAACGGAAGAAUUCCAGAGCGUGUGCAAGAUUGGCACGGGCUUUUCGGAAGAGGAUCUCAAGUCCCUGGCCGAAAAUUUGAACCAGCACGUGAUUCCGACCAAGAGUCAACAGUACAGUGUAUCCGAUGUUUUGGAGUGCGACGUUUGGUUCGAUGCCGUGCAAGUGUGGGAGAUCAAGGCCGCCGAUUUGUCCAAAUCGUCGACGCAUCGCGGUGCUGAGGGGAAAACCGGGGAGGAAGGUCGCGGUAUUGGCUUGCGCUUUCCACGUUUUGAACGUAUUCGGGACGACAAACGACCCGAAGAGGCGACGACGAGCGAUCAGAUUCUGGAAAUGUAUUAUCAGCAGGAUGCAAUUGCAGGCAAUGACGAUGAUGUCGAGGAUGAUGGAAUAUAAGCCGAAAGAUAGGGAAUUUUGGAAGGACGCCAUGAGAGUUCGUUUGAGUACUGAAAUUUAGGAUUAAAGAAAUGUAUAUUUCUGA